AUGGGCGCCGGAAGAUUCGUCUGCGUCGCCAUGCCCUUUGGGCUGACGGUCGCAAGUCUGAUAUGUAUCCUGAUCGUCAUGCUCGCAGGCGUCACGAAUAAAAACCUCGACAUGUUCGAGAUCGACGUCAAGAACCUCUCGAUCUCGUCCUCCUCUCUCCUCAACAUCGCAAACGGGGUGAAGAACGCCAAACGCGAACCUGUCGCACUACCAGGCGAUCAUUUCUCUGGACUCACCACCCAAGCUCUCGGCCCCAACGCAGUCAAUAUCACCGCCGCCGACCUCAACCUCGCAGACAGCUACAAGGUGUCGCUCUGGAGCUACUGCUCCACGAGGGGUUCGGAAACGAAUUGCAGCAAGCCCAAGUUCAACUGGGCUACCUCCGCGACAAACGUCACCGAGCUUGAACAAAUCGCGAGCACCAAGACCAAUGCUGCUGUCAAACUGCCAAAGGAGCUGGCUUCCGCCUUGAAGACCUUCACUGCUGUCACCAAAUGGACAACAGUCGUCUACAUCAUCGCCAUCAUCGCAACUGCAGUUGAGCUAGUUGUCGGUCUCUUUGGCUUCUGCUCCCGCGUCGGGUCAUGCGUCACCUACCUCGUCUCUGGCAUCGCAACGAUGAGCUUAAUUGUCGCCACCGUUAUGGCAACCGCCGUAUCAGCAAUCGCAGUCGGGGCCGUCAAGUCCGUCGCGAAAGCUUACGGCGUCCAAGCAAGCAUCAAUACCUCCUUCCUCGCCACAGCAUGGUUGGCAGUCGCAUUCUCCCUCGCCGCCGGCUUGUUCUGGCUCUUCAGCAUGUGCUGCUGCGCUUCUGACAACCACUCCAAGAAGCGCAACAGCCACGCCGACAAGGAGAAGCUCAUCCCUACCGGAAACUACCAUCACAUUGAGAACCCCCAACAAGUUCAUAGCGGACAUUAUGGUGCUCCUUCUGGAGCUCCCAUGUAUGGUGGGAGGGGAAAUGGCGCGUAUGAGCCUUACAGCCACACCAAUAUCUAA